AAACACAGGUGGGUGCCAGGUAAACGUCGCGGUAUUUACAGAGCGGCAUUGAUUUACGCGCUGACGGCCGUUCUGUUCAAUUCACCGAACAAUCCCACACGCUGCAGAAUAUCCUGGAACUAAAGGGCUACAGGUCUGCAAACAGUGAAACCAAUGGCUUUGGUGCUGCGCGGUCACAUGGUGCCAAAGUGACACACCUGUGUAGGAGCCGCCAGGGCCCCGCAGUUGCGCCAGAGACACGUAGAGCAGUAUAUGUCCACGCCGAGGAAAGGCGCAUGCAGGUAUACGGUACAUGUGCGGGUCCUCGGAAGCCAUGAAUCGGGAAGAUCACUAUUACCCAUCUCGGGUUUUUAAGGACUCGUGCGCCUACCAGAGAUCUCAGGUGGAGGACUACAGCCACAGCCCUCCGCCCUGCCUCUACAUGAGCAGGCAGGUCCACUCGGUCUACACGACGCCGUCCGUGGGAGCCUUGGAGCAGGCCAGCCUUCCCGACAUCGCCCCCUCUUACGGUCUACCCAUGCGGGAGGAUCUGCCCCAGCUCUACCACCCGCAAGGGCUGCAGCAGGAGCCUCUCCCGCCCGCUGCGGACUACGGAGAGCCGGGGGAGCAGGGCAGGUACCACCUUCCUUUCCCCUGGAUGAAAAGCACAAAGUCUCACUCGCACACCUGGAAGGGACAGUGGUCAGGGCCGUACGUGAUGGCGGAAUCCGAGGAAAACAAGCGCACGAGGACGGCGUACACGCGCGCGCAGCUGCUGGAGUUGGAGAAGGAGUUCCUGUUCAACCGCUACAUCUCGAGGCCGCGGCGCGUGGAGCUGGCGCUGACCCUGAGCCUCACCGAGCGCCACAUCAAGAUCUGGUUCCAGAACCGGCGCAUGAAGUGGAAGAAGGAGGAAGACCGGAGGAAGGUGCGGGGGUCGGAACCCGACCAGGACUCCUCCAUCACCUCCGGGGACCAGGGGGAGGCCGCGGGAGGGGUCACCUCCACGAACGGACCCCACACCGCCUCGCCUCCUGUUUCCCCGCUCCACGGACACCCCCUGUCCUCCCCCGGGUGCAGAGAGGCCGCAUAGGCCCGCACCGGGUUCAAACCUUAAUGCAUGGGGGGGGGCGGGGGCGGGGGUCAAAUAGAAAGAAACGUCUAUGAGAUUAAUCCUAUACGAUCUCGAUUAGGCCGAGAAGGGAGAACAUAUAUAGUUAUUUAAAUGAAGUUCUCAUUCUCAUGGACCCCGUUGAACUUUCUCAAGGACCACUGCGGCCCUCUCGUUGGAUACCACUGUCGGUCUGGACUUAAGGGACGUAUCCUCCUCAUGCCCCGGCUGCGAGGUCCUGGGCACCAUGACGGCAUGCUGAGACAACCUUAAGGACCAACAAGCCCCCCAUUUAGAAGCACUGAUAUAGUUCGGUUGCAAAAACCAAAUCAUGGUCGGGUGCACACUCUAAUCUAAGAUUAAGGAUGUAUUUAUGCGUAUGUAUGAUUGUAUUUUCCAUAUGUACACUUGUAAAUAACGCGUAUAUUGUUGAGGUUUAAUUGUAAACAUAUUUUAUUGUUUGAAGAAUUCACUGUACAGUGCGACGCAUGAAUGACACCUUGUUCGGAAUAAAGCAACGAUCCCCACAGCCUGCGGUGCAACAAUG